UUAGGUCACUGGUUGUCAUGGCAAUAUGACGAAUUGAAGGAAUUUGAGAACAAUUCAUCCUCGAGCAUUCAUUGUGAUUUGAUAGUUUUCUCUUGGAAAGAGGAAGAUUAGAAGAAGCUAGGCUGUAUUUGAUGGUGUGAAGUGCGUGUGAUGGGAUGUGGGGCAAGCAACGCACUCCCACCUGCACCGCCGCCUACAGGAAAGACAACCAAGGAUAUAAAGAAACGUACCUUUUCCCAACAAGAGCGUAGAGGAUCCGUCACCGCGGCUACAGCAGAUCAGGGUGGAGAAAGCAAUCACACAAAGAAGUCACCGCUAACUGAAUCUUCUAAACAUGUUCCCAAAGAUGAUACUCAAGAGAGCUCAGAAGAAGGGAGGGAAGUGACAUUGUACGCAGUCGAUUUGCCAUCAGUUAUCAGCGGCAGUGAGACAACUUCCGCUUCCGGGAGAGAUAGCGGAUAUGUGCAGGAAUCCCUGCAGGCUGGGGGAGAUAGCGGGUAUGCACAGGGAUCCCUGCAGGCUAUGGGAGAUAGCAAGUAUGCACAGGGAUCCCAACAUGUUGAGAAAGGUGUUGAAGAUUUGGAGACUACGGAAGGCAAACGAAAGAAUGACGUAACAGAAAUACUAGAAUCGGAAACACACUAUGUAAGUCCAGAAAACGUAGUGGAUUCAGAUGUACCAGAUGUCGACAAACUUGAUAGUAAGUUAGAUAAACCUGAUAGUAUGGAUCCCACUGUUGACAAUGAUAUACCAGAUAAUGCUGUAGAUGAGCUGGUAGAUUCGAUCUUGAGAUGUGUUAUAGAUGAAUACGCACCGUGUCCCAGUCAAAGCGAAGGGCCACAAGCGAAUUAUCACCAGGGCGAGGAGCCACCUGUUGCUCGCCCGCCUGAGAGCCAAGAACAGCCAUCGUCAGAUGCAACAACCGCGGACACUAUUAUUGAUAGCGAGCUAUUUCAUCUCGAAAACGAGCUUAAUCAGGAUAGUGCCCCACUAAUUAAAACCACUCAAGACUUUUGUGAAGACAAGCAUGAGGCAACAAAACGGGUCUCCAUAAAAGUUGAAGGCGCCGUAGUGAAAGGUUCUCAAAAUGCUACACAUAAAUUUAAGAGCGAGGACAGUCUUGACGCGAUCUUGAAAAGCAUGGAUAUCAAGCCAGAGGCUCCCACACAAAAGCUGCAUAUGGAUAGCGACAUUGUAGUGGAAAGCGUACAAGAUGUUAGUCUGCCUGGCGCAAGUGAUACUACAGUCACUAAGUCCAGCCUGAUGGUGCCGACAGGAUUCUCAUUCAGCACCUACAGCCAAGACACCCCUUGUCGAAGCGGGCGAACGUCUCCGCAUUUGUGCGGCUCAUUCGAAGAACGCUCUGCAAGACUCGAGAAGUUCUUUAACGAAGAGCUGGACGUGCACCCGUCCGUGCGGUCCGUCAGAUCCGCCACACUGAGGGACGCCCUUAGCGGGCAGUUUGACAAAUUAGUGGAGGAGAGGGAGGAUAGUGGAGAGGACGACGAAGAGACGGGGUGUGUACUUAACGUGUACGACAGGGCAUCCAAGCACGAUGACCACCUCUGUUGGGGCGACCCCCCUCCUAACAUCCCACGGGACGAUGGUCCACAAGACAAGCAAACACUCAAAACCCCACAAAACGACGAUCAGAAAGACCAACCAACAGGUGAUGUAACAAUCAAUUUGACCAUCACAUCUGCAGAACAAAAGACUGAGGAAUCCUCGGGAAGUAACGCACAGGUCAUUGGAAGUGGUGCCAAACUGUAUGUUGCAACCGACCCUAGCAACCAACUUGGUGAUAUUAGCAAACCUAGCAACCAGAAAAAUGAUGUCGACCCUGGCAACCAACAAAAUGAUGUCAACCAGGAAAAUGUUGGCCCUAGUAACCAGCAAAAUGAUGUCGACCAGGGAAACGCUGUAGGCCUGAGCAACCAGCAAAAUAAGGUCGACCCUAGCAACCAACAAAAUGAUGUAGAGUCAAGCAACCAGCAAAAUGAAGUCGACCUUAGCAACCAGCAAAGUAAUGUCAACCAGAUAAAUGAUGUCGGCUUUAGCAACCAGCAAAAUGAUGUUGACCCUAGCAACCAGCAAAAUAAUGUAAAUUUUUGCGACGAACAACAUGACAAUGAAACUAGCAUCAAGCCAAAGAUAAUAGAGCCUACAAACAGAAAAAAAUGAUAUAGAGCCUAGCAACCAACAGUCCGGUGCAUCUAGAUCUUCUCAGUCAAUAAAUAACAAGCUGAGUGAUCACUAAGAAAACCAGGUGACAAAUUCUUAAGGGUUAUGAUUCUAAUACCUCUCGAAGUUGUUAAGCUUUUUCAUCAUUGAUCACAAUAAAUAUUCCAAAGUAUCUCAAAACUACUGCCUAAAUAUUUUUAACCAAGCCAAAAUCACAGCCAGUCUUGUCAUAAGAAUCAAGCCAAAUGCAAAAAUAGGAACAUUUUGUACUUAAAAGCUGUUACAUUUUAUGAAGAUAAAAAAAUAAAGGAAACUUCUUUUUAUCAAAACAA